UUCCCAAACCAUGCUAAUCAUAACAGCAAACGAUCCCAUGCUUGCUGCAAAACUAGUUGAGGUGCUUUAAUUCGUAAGUUCACAAAUCAAAAUGCCACGCAGAGGAAGAGGAAGAAAUUUUGGAAGAGGUCACUGGAGAGGACGGGGAAGAGGUAGAGGAAGAGGAGGUUCUUCUUCAGAUGCAGGUCCUAAUGAAGAGGAGACCUCAGAAUCAAUUGGGACCUCAGAAUCAGUUGGAACCUCAGAAGACCUGGACAAAUCCCUUGAAUGCUCAUCUGAUCAGACAGAGGAGAUCAAAGAAAACACAGAGGAGGAAAAAGAGGGAGUGGAAGAGGAGCCAGGGGACGCAGAGGGGAUGUUCCUUAAAGAGGGGGACGUAGGAAUCACCGAAUACAUUAGUUCCUCGCCUGGUUUCAGUGCUAUCAUCAAGCAAAGGUAUUCAGACUUCAUAGUGAAUGAGAUAGAUGAGGAAGGGAGGCUAGUGAGACUGACAAGCUUAGAGGUGGACAGGUCGCAGAUGCCGGCUGAUGAAGAGGAUGAUGACACAGGGUUGGAUGGAGUGCUCUCCCCUGAACAGAAGGAGAAGCUGGAUGACUUUAAUGCUAAUCCUAACCCCAAACGCGUCAUUGACAUAUGUGCCCCGGUUGAUAAAGUCACCCGAGGAAAAGUACACCAGAUUGUGAGGGUGCGUUACAAGAAGCUGGAAUCUGAUACUCUUGUAGAGGAUGAUGUGAGAUUUAUCCGGAUCUCAGUUAAAGGGGCAGGCGGCCAUUGGGGUUCAGGUCAGCAUUUCAGACAGCAGAACUUUCAACAUAAGCCCUGGCCGGCCGGCUUUGGAAACUACUGCCGCUUCGUUCUGUACAAAGAAAAUAUGGACACUAUGGAGGCAGUGCAUAAACUCACCAAGUUCUUCCAUAUUAACAAGAACAUGUUCCAGUUUGCGGGGACCAAGGACAAGAGGGCCAUAACUUCUCAAGAGGUCACUGUCUACAGGGUCAAGGCAGAGAAGCUGGUGGGGGCCAACCGUUAUUUUUACAAAAUGGCGCUUGGCAACUUCAGAUAUGUCGAACAGCCACUCAAACUAGGUCAACUGAGUGGCAACAGGUUCACCAUUGUCUUAAGAGAUGUCACGGGAACAGAUGAAGUAAUUGACUCGGCUCUCCAGUCUCUAAAGACCAACGGAUUCAUCAACUACUUUGGAAUGCAAAGAUUUGGAACAACAGCCAUACCUACUUACCGAGUGGGAAAAGAGCUGUUGAAAAGUAACUACAAAGAAGCAGGGGAGCUAAUCCUACAGCCAAGGCCAGGCGAGAAGGAUUUCAUAACAGAGUGUAGGAAGAAUUGGUGGAAAGACAAGAACUGCACACAGAUGUUGAAAGUGUUACCACGGAAAUACAACAUAGAGCGAGCACUUCUAGAAGGACUGAUAAAGUUUGGAGAAAAUAACUAUGCCAAUGCUUUCCAGAUGAUUCACAGAAACACAAGAAUGUUAUAUCUACAUGGUUACCAGAGCUAUAUUUGGAAUCAUGUAGCCUCUGAUCGAAUCAAGAAAUUUGGGAUGGAGCCAAUGGUUGGGGAUCUUGUUUACAAAGGAGAUUUGAAAGAUGUAGCUUUCAAAGAGGAAAAUCGACAAAGUUCAGCAAACGGAUCACUUGAAGGGGGCAGUACAAGUUCCAGGGUCUCCCCUGAGGUAGUGACAGCAGAAACCCUCUCUCAAUACACCAUUCACGAUGUCAUCCUUCCACUCCCAGGGUUUGAUGUCCAGUACCCAGAUAAUGAAGUUGGUUUAUGGUAUGCAAAGUUGAUGGCUGAAGAUGGGCUCAAAUUGGAAGAUCUAAAACAUUCCAACAAAAACUAUGCUUUGCCAGGUACUUAUAGGAGGUUAAUAAUACUACCCAAGGAUUUAAUGUGGCAAUCCUACAUGUACUCAGAUGUUACUAAGGAGUUGACCCAAAGUGAUCUUGACCUUCUGCAGAAAAAAACAGAACCUGUCUCCGAUCCAGAUGGUACCAUAAAAGCAUUGAAAAUAGAACUAUCUCUGCCACAGUCCUGCUAUGCUACGAUGGCGUUACGUGAAAUUCUAAAAAUAGACACGUCUGCCGCCUACCAGGCAACACUGAACCAUGGCGUCAUGCCCGAUCGCUCACCCACAGCUAUGGUUGUCAAGGAGAUGCAGACUGCUCUAGGCCAGUGAUCGUUGUGUGCAUAAUCAUGUAUGGAAAUAAUGACAUAGGGCACCGUUGUAGUGUUUCUUAAUGGUGGAGUUGCCAGAUAGAGAAUUACAUACCUGAACAUAUACUCCCUUCAAAUGUUGUAGUGAUGUUCAAUGUUGGAAUUGCAGGCAACAGAAGUAUUUGCUUAAAUAUUAAGUCAAGAAGUGCAAUAGCUGUUUUAUCUUAGUAACUGACAUUAUUAGUUUUAAAUAUUUUACAGAGCAUAUUGCAAAAAACAUCUGACUCCUGAAUAGAUCAUCAUGUUUAGAAUAGAGUCUUACAAAAUGAUCUGAUUAUGUUUGACCUGAAGUGUUAGCAGCAAGUACAAGUUAUUGAUGUGCAUGAAACACAAAUUAACAGAAAUAUUUUUUUUGUUUCUAAUUUGUUGUAUUCAUGUUAAUACAUUCAUGAAUGGUCAGAAAAAUGUCCAUGUUCUGGAAUUUGUUUUAGUGAUAUUUUUUUUCUUCAUUUACAUGCUGUUUAAAGAGAAUUCAUUUGUUUCCCAAUUAUAUACGUACAAGAACUACAAAAAUUCCUUUAUUUAUUAAAAACCAGAUAAUAGAUCCAAUAAUGUUUAAGUUUAAACAUCUGCUAUGGUAUAGCUUUGCAAACACAUCCAGUGUAACAAGGUUACAGGGUUAAAGAACCUAGUAAACUGAUCCAUGCAGUUUCCUUCUAGAAAAAUGUAUUAGAACAUGAAUUCUAUUUUGUAAUACUUUUACCCAUUGAGUUAGAUAAACAAAUAUUAUUAUGAGAAAGAUGUGCAUUGUAAUUGCUUAUAGUCUCUUAAGUUUUAGCCUUCAUGCAGUAUCUGUACACAGCAAAGUUACCAAUGACUGAACUUUAUACAUGUACAUGUUAAAAGUAUGCCUCUUUCCACAAGGACCAGUAACGUUGAAUGUUUUUGUAAAAAAGUUCUUUUUGGUGUACAUGUAUAGUGAAAAAAAAACAUGUCUCUCAUUAUAUCGUCAUUCAAGGGGCUAGCUAACACACUGUAUCCCAUAUUUGGGCCUUUAGCAAGUGACAGUUGUUACUGAAUCACUGGGUUUCAAAUAUAAAUGUAAGUUGAUGUGGAUUUUGAGUUUACAUUUACGUAUACUCGGGAUAUGGUAAUUUGAAUAUUGAACCAACCACAGAAUACUUUUAACUAUUUGAAUAGUGAAUAGUGAAAAGCGAGUAGUACUCCAACUUCUGAAAGCCCAUUAUAACAUCUUAAUAUUCAUUUUACAGUAUCGUACUUUAUCAUUAAGGCUAUCGUAUGGUUGACUGGAAAUUAUAGUUUAUUUCCAAAAAUUCGAAACAUCAAAUUAAUAUGUUAAUACAAAUGAAUGUUUAGCUUCAA